GGGGCCGGCCGGCCGGGCGCCGAGUCCACGGCUGGCCCCGGGCGCUCGCUGGGCCCCGCGCGCGGCGCAGGACCGGCGCCCAGUAUGGCUCAGAAAUGUUCCAACAGCCCCCUGGAGGAGGGCUUCCCCGAAUACCGCUUCCACUCAGAGCUGCGGCUGGACGCCAAGGGCCACCCCGUGCCCGCACUCCCGAUGGUGCGGAGCACCCUGAGCAUCCGGAUCGGCCCCGCCAACUCCUCGCCGACGGGGCCCCCAGAGGCCGCGGGGACCGGCCCCGUGAUCCUGAGCACAGAGAGCCCCGCGGCCCUGAAGAUGGGCACCCAGCAGUUGAUCCCCAAGGGCCUGGCCGCGUCCAGCAGGACUAAGACCCCCGCCCGCCACCAGAGCUUCGGUGCAGCGGUGCUCAGCAAGGAGGCUGCACGCAGGGAGCCCCUGCUCCAGCCGCCACCCAGCUCCCUGGACGACAUGGACGUGGACGUGAGCUCCGGGGGAGCCCUGCGCCGCAAUCUGCGGAACCAGAGCUACCGGGCAGCCAUGAAGGGCCUGGGGGGCCCUCGCGGCGAGGAGGACCCCAGCCUGAUGACCCCUAAGCUUCAGGCCUUGGCUGAGGAACCCUGCCAGCCAGCGCGGAGCGUGGCCAAAAGCAAGAAGACUCUCGGGCGGAAGCGCGCGAACAAGGGCUCCUUCAAGGACGACCCUCGCUUCUACCAGGAGAUCCGGGAGCGCGGCCUGAACACCAGCCACGAGUCGGACGACGACCUCCCGGCUGAGCCCUGCAGCCCUGGCGGGGCCCGCAAGGUGGACACCCCCAUCGUGGUCAAGACCCACCGGCCCCCGCAGCUCACCUGGAGCCAGCUCCCAGAGGUGGUGGAGUUGGGCAUCCUGGACCAGCUGUCCGCCGAGGAGCGCAAGAGGCAGGAGGCCAUCUUCGAGAUCCUCACGUCGGAGUUCUCGUACCAGCACAGCCUGGGCAUCCUGGUGGCCGAGUUCCUGCAGUCCCCGCAGCUGCGGGCCGCUGUCUCGCCCACGGACUUCCACCACCUCUUCUCCAACAUCCUGGACGUGCAGCGCGCCAGCCAGCGGUUCUUCGAGGCCCUGGAGCAGCGCCACAAGGAGCAGGUGUGUGUGGAGGACAUCAGUGACAUCCUGGAAGAGCACGCGGAGCACCACUUCCACCCUUAUGUCUUCUACUGCGCCAACGAGGUCUACCAGCAGAGGGUGCUGCAGAAGCUGAUGAGCAACAACGUGGCCUUCCGCGAUGUGCUGCGGGAGACGGAGCGGCGGCCCGCGUGUGGGGGGCUCCCCCUGAUCUCCUUCCUUAUCCUCCCCAUGCAGCGCGUGACGCGGCUGCCGCUACUCACGGACACUCUCUGCCUCAAGUCUCAGGGACACCCAGAGAGGUACAAGGCCGCCAGCCGAGCCCUCAAGGCCAUCAGCAAGCUGGUGAAGAAGUGUAACGAGGGGGCCCACAAGAUGGAGCGCGCGGAGCUCAUGUACAGACUGUCUACACAGCUGGACUUCAGCAAAGUCAAGUCCCUCCCGCUGAUCUCGGCGUCCCGCUGGCUUCGGCGGCGCGGGGAACUGCUGCUGGUGGAGGACGCUGGGCUCUUCCGGAAGCUGGGCAGCCGGCCGACCGCCUACCUGUUCCUUUUCAAUGAUGUGCUGGUGCUCACCAAGAAGAAGAGCGAGGAGAGCUUCCUGGUGCAGGACUAUGCGCAGGUAGACGAGAUCUCGGUGCAGAGGCUGGAGCCGGGGGAGGCGGCCCUCCCAGGGGGCGGCAGCCGCAGCUCGUCAGUGCCCUACCCCUUCCGGCUGACCCUGCAGUGCAACAGUGAGGGCCGGCGGGAGAGCUUCCUGCUGGCCGCAGAAUCUGCGAGCGACCGGGCCCGGUGGAUCACGGCUCUCAGCCCGAGGGAGAAGCAGGGGUCCCCCAACAAAGGAGACCUGCUGCAGGUGGAGGUGACCAGGGCCUACCUGGCCAAGCAGGUGGACGAGAUCAGCCUGCAGCAGGCAGACGUGGUGCUCGUCCUGGAGCAGGAGGAUGGGUGGCUGUACGGGGAGCGUCUGCGGGACGGCGAGACGGGCUGGUUCCCAGAGGACGUGGCCUGCAGCAUCACCAGCCGUGUGGCCGUGGAGGACAAUGUACGCCGGAUGGCCAGGCUGCGUCUGGAGACGGAUGUGUAGGCACCCGGCCUGGGUGCACCUUCCAGCCCCCCCUGGAGCACUCUUCAGCCCUUCUGGGAGCACCCUCCAGCCCUUCUGGGAGCACUCCAGUUCGGCCUUGGGAGCACCCUCAAGCCCCCCUGGGAGCACUCUCCGGCCCUUCUGGGACCACACUCCAGCCCUUCUGGGACCACUCCUGUUUGGCCUUGGGAACAACCUCCAGCUCUGCCCCCAGGAGAACUCUCCAGAUCAGCUCCCAGGG